CAAGGAAGUGAUCAGUUUCUAGAUCUCAAGCAUUCCUGUCCAUCUUUGUAUUUAGUAAGAUGUGAUAGUUAUAUAAAAUAUGUUGUGAUCUGAAGUAAAAAAAACAAAACUUUUUAGGUUGACUGUUGUCUGAACUUUUAAGGAAAUGGGUAUUUUUUAUUUUUUGACAUUAAAAUUUUUUUGUUUGAUUCAUAAAGAUAAUUUUAUUAGCAAUUUUUGAAACGUAAGAACCUUUAAAAAGAAAUAAGAAACAUACUUUUCUAAUAGUGUUAAAAACAUCUGGCAAAGAUUUUAAAUUCACAACCCUUACAAGUCUUUUUGUGAUUAAUACUUUCGUUUCGUUCCUGAUUAUAGUCUGUCACUCUGAAUGAAACGAAAUAGACAUUGGAUGUAUUCAACUGGUCUUCCAUUUCACAACUAGAUGUCAGUGUUAACAUACCUGAUUAGAUGUCUCAGGUGUGAUUAUAAUGUGAUAAUUCAAAUAGUUAUUCCCUAUAUGUAAUACAGAUUAGAAAAUAAAUGAUAAAGAAGGAAAAGAGGAAGUAAAACUCCUUUUGUUACCUGAUUUCAAAGUUGGCUGGUUCUAUAUUUACAUUUUUUUAAGUAUUGAUUUUUUUCCACCUAAUUAACUGCAAGAUACAAGUGGACAAUUAAACUUCUUGACUGACUUGGUUAGGAAAAGCAGGCAGAGUGUGAACUUGUAUUUUUCAUUACUAUCAAUCAAUCAGAUGUUCUUACCUACAACGCUUCCAGAAAGAGUGAUCAGAAAAGGAAGGAAAAUUAUUGCUGUUCAAAUGUGGUGUGUAUUUGUGUGUUUCUUGCCUACUUUUAAUAAGAAAUGUUCUUGAUAAUAGGAAUUAUGCAUGUGUUCUCAGUGACCAAUCUUUCACCUCAACUAGAAAUCUCUCUUGAUACAACUAAAUCUGCCCCCUUUUUUUUUUAAGUUCAGUCCUCAUGUAAAUCAGAGCAUGAUAUCCCUUAUCCUUUCCUUGUAGAUCUAACCCGAAGCCCUUUAAAAUCGUUUAUAUUGUGUUUCCCUAACUAGGAUAUCUCAAUUUUUUUUACCCAUGCUUCCUGUUGGUAAAUAUUAAAGUCCAGAAUAAUUACAGAAACAUCAUGAAUAAAAACAAAUCAAACCAAUAGAUCAAAGUACUGAAAACAUACCCCUUUCCUCCACCUCCCACUGAAAUAUCUUGAUGGCUCUCCUUUCUCUUUUCUCUCUCACUUUUGAGAAUUACUACUCUGGAGUCCAUAACUUGUCUUCCUUCCCUGAAUCAUUUAAGUGAUGGGGCUCAGUUUGGCAAAAUUCUGUAAAUUAUUUUCAUAUUAUUACACAUUUUCAAAAUCUGAAACUUAACGAUAAAAGUUUUUGGAGUAUAUAAAUUUAAACUGUACGGUAGGAAAUAUCAAGACAACUUGUUUUGGGAGAUUAAGGUUUUGACAGUUGUUUUCUUUUCAGUGGUUAUUUAUGUAAGUUAACUUUUCCCUUAGAAACACAUCCAUACCCCCCAAAAAUUUUGUUUUGAAAAGGUAGGUUGAAUUGUUAUUAAAUGCUAUCAAGUCAGUUCCGACUUAUAGCGACUAUAUGCACAACAGAACAAAACACUGCUAGGUCCUGCACCGUCCUCUUGAUCAUUGUUAUGCCUAAGCCCAUUGUUGCAGCCACUGUGUCAAUCCACCUGACUGAGGGUCUUCCUCUUUUUUGCUGACGCUUUCCUUACCAAACAUGAUGUCCUUCUCCAGGAACUGGUCCUUCCUGAUAACACGUCCGAAGUAAGUAAGACGUAGUCUUGCCGUGCUUGCUUCUAGUAAGCAUUCUGGUUGUACUUCUUCCAGGACAGAUUUGUUUGUUCUUUUGGCAGUCCGUGGUAUAUUCAAUAUUCUUUGCCAACACCACAAUUCAAAGGUGUCAGUUCUUCUUCAGUUUUCAUUGUUCAUCAUCUAGCUUUUACACGUGUACUAGGCAACUGAAAACACCAUGGCUUAGAUCAGGUGCACCUUAGUCUUUGAGAUGACAUCUUUGCUUUUCAACACUUUAAGGAGAUUUUUUGCAGUAGAUUUCCCCAGUGCAAUGUACCUUUUGACUUCUUGAAUGCCGCUGCCAUGGAUGUUGAUUGUGGAUGCAAGGAAAAUGAAAUCCUUGACAACUUCAGUCUUUUCUCCAUUUAUCACGUGUUGCUUUUUGGUCCAGUUGAAGUAAUAUUAGUAACAUCUUAGUAUAGCCAUUUCUCAUCAUGGAAAUAAUAUUUUACGUCCUGCAAUAGGUGUUAAUUUUUUGACAGUCUGAAAUAUGUGCAUCAAUAAUGCAAACAGUACAUUUUGCCUAUUAAUUUUAAAAUCUGUUUAACCUCGAAAAAUGAGUUUUGAGUUCCUCUAUUCUUAUAUUGACACAUGAAACACACAUUUGGCAGUUGCUUCUUGUCAGCUUUUAUGUCUUGAAGGCACAUAACAUAAAAUUAAUUAUUGACUGUGGUAUACAUUUAGCACAUCACUGUAUAUUUUCAAUCUGCCUGACAAAAGGUAAAAGUAUAUAACCAACUCCAGGCAAUCCCAGUUUGCUGCAUAUAUAUAGUGGAAAUGCAAGCAGAGUACAUCAAACUUACUAUAGCGUAUCUUUUUGUUUAGCAAAACAGUAAAAUAAUACAAUGAAGUUUAUUUAAUUCUGAGUUCUCAUACAAUGAUUAGUAGUAGCUUCAUCCUUGACCUGGAUUAUAAAUUUGUGAUUUUGGAUAGUGAUCCUUAUAUGCUAAUUUUUCUUUUAAUGAAAUGUGCAUAACAAAACACUUGCCAAUUAAACCACUAAUUUUUUUUCUUUAGAAGUCUUUGACAAAAAUAAUUUAUAACCUUAAAUUUAUUUUAUACUAAGGCAAGCAGCUACUCAUUGGAUUUAAAUUCAGUUGGAGACAGCUUCCUGUGAUAUUACUAACUGGCCCUCAAAGUUUCCAGUGACGUAUAUCCAGGGCACAGGGAACCUUACUUUUCAGCAGGUUACUUAGGGAAUAAGUGGCGCUAGCCAAGUGUCUUGAGCCUAGUAGGUACUUAGUAAAGAUUUAGAGGUAGCCCCCAAAUUAAGAAGUAUUCGAGUUACUACAAACUGCACUUAAGACCAUCUGUUUUUUUGUACAUCUUAUCAUUAAUAAUAUGUACUACAUAUGGUGUUGCAUUGUGUAAUUUGCUGAUGUUAUUCCCAUGCCAACCCCCAAAGACAAAUAAAGAUCAGAUUUAUAAAGAUACUGAUUAAAAAAAAAAACAAAAACAGUUGCUGUUGAGUCAAUUCCGACUCAUAGCAACCCUAUAGGACAGAGUAGACUGUCCCAUAAGGUUUCCAAGGAGCGACUGGUGGAUUUGAACUGCUGACCUUUUGGUUAGUAGCUGAGUGCUUAACCACUGCUGCACCAGGGCUCCAAAGGUGAAGCUAGUCAAGUAUGGCUGUGGGUAGGAAAAAAUGCUAAACAGUUUAACAAUAACUUACAACCCUUAGACAAGUUGUUUCCACGUGGAAACCCCAGGUUUUUACUUAGCAUAACUCCUAUUGGCCAAUAAACGAGAUGCUGAGGUAAGAAAACAGGAAAGGCACCUUUAUUUUUUUGUAGGAGGAAAUGGAGUCAGUUGGAGCUGCUGCUGCCAAGACUGCUCGCCAAGAGAGCUGCAUACCUGCACAAGUGGUGGCUGCCGUUGAUGUCAACACUGUUGCUAAUGAAGUGUACAAGUAUAAUUUUCCUCAUACACUGCUACUGGCCAAGGCAAUUGAAGGCAUUACACUGGAAGAGUUUGACAGAUUAUCUUUCAAUAUGAUUUUAAUGAGCCCUCCAUGUCAACCAUUCACAAGAAUCGGCCUGCAGGGUGAUAAGGCUGAUCCAAGGACGAGUAGCUUCUUAUAUAUUCUAGAUAUUCUCCCAAGAUUAAAAAAAUUACCGAAGUAUAUUCUUUUAGAAAAUGUCAAAGGUUUUGAAGUGUCUUCAACAAGAGACAUGUUGAUACAAACAAUAGAAAACUGCGGCUUUCAGCACCAAGAAUUUCUGUUAUCUCCAAAUUCUCUUGGCAUUCCAAACUCCAGGCUGCGGUACUUCCUUAUCGCAAAGCUUCAGUCAGAGCCAUUGCCUUUUCAAGCUCCUGGUCAGAUACUGUUGGAGUUUCCCAAAAUUGGAUCUGAAAAUCCACAAAAACAUGCAAUAGAUGCAGAAAAGAAAACUGAAGAAAAGAAAAUUGAACCAAAUAUUUGCCUUGAUGGUAGCACACAAUGCUCUGGAAAAGAGACCAUACUUUUUAAGCUUGAAACCGCAAAAGAAAUAGACAGGAAACAUCAACAGAACAGUGAUCUCUCUGUUCAGAUGCUAAAAGAUUUUCUUGAACAUGACAUUGACAUAAAUCAGUACUUUUUGUCACCAAAGUUAUUGCAGCGAUAUGCUUUUAUUUUAGAUAUUGUUAAGCCCACUUGCAGAAGAUCCACAUGCUUUACAAAAGGUUAUGGAAGAUUUAUAGAAGGGACAGGAUCUGUGUUACAAACUGCAGAAGAUGUACAGAUUGAGAGUAUCUACAAAUCUCUCAGCAAUUUGUCGGAAGAAGAAAAGAUAACAAAAUUGUUAAUGCUUAAACUGCGAUAUUUCACUCCUAAAGAAAUAGCAAAUCUUCUUGGAUUUCCUCCAGAGUUCGGAUUUCCUGAGAAUGUAACAGUGAAGCAGCGUUAUUGCCUACUUGGAAAUAGUCUCAAUGUGCAUAUAGUAGCUAAACUAAUCAAAAUCCUAUUUUGAAAUAAUUCUGAAAGAUAGUCACAGUGUGACUAUCCAGAUAAUGAUCCUAAAAUUCUUUUUUGAAUUAGUUUUGACUGAAUUAUUUUACUCUUUUUUUAAUAAGGAGUUUGGAAUUUUUCACAAAAAUACUAUGAAUUUGUUUCCUUAAUUUUAUAUUGCUGUACUUUGUCGAAUGAAAUUUUUUGUUACACUUAGUGGAUAAUAUAUUUUCAUAUGAAAUUGUUGAAUAUAUAUGUAAAAUAUUCUUUUUAUGGAAACCCUGGUGGUGUAAUGGUUAAGAGCUACAGCUGCUAACCAAAACAUCGACAGUUUGAAUGCACCAGGUGCCCUUUGGAAACCAUUUGGGGCAGUUCUACUCUGUCCUAUAAGAUUGCUAUGAGUUGGAAUCAACUUGAUGGCAACGCAUUUGGUUUAUUUUUUUUAUUAUUCUUUUUAUAACAUGGUGCAGACAGAUUUGGAAUAUUUGAAUUUUAAUGCUACAUGAAGAUUUUACAAAAUGUCUACAGGCAUAGUAUAAUGAACCUGAGAAAUUUUUUUUGAAUGCUAAUUAAAGAAGUUGUUUUACAAACCCUGUCAUUUUACAUUUUUAUUAAACAAUUGCUCCUAAUUCUAAGAUGAUUCUAGUUCUAGAUUGUUUUAAAUAUUGACUGUUUCACUUAAUUUCAAUCCUUUUUACAUUUCUUUAUUUUUAUCUAAACAAAUGCAUUUACUAUUUUAAACCAAAUUAUCAUCAUUCAGCUCACACAACAGCCUAAAGAAUAUGUUAAAAAAAAAAAAACACAAAUGAACAAACAAAAAACAACCUACAUUCUUGAUUAGCUCUCCAUCAGGAGGUGUCAGAAAAUUUAGGUGGCUAGACGGCAGUGGGUUUUUUGAGUAUCUGAUUAUCUUCUACCCAUCCGAAAGGCAGAGCUCUUGUUCCCACUCCCUGUGUACACACUUCCCUUAGUUUGCUGUGAUCAGAGUUUGCCUUUGCUUGCUUUUUCUGCUUAUUGUUAGUUGCAUUUAUUCUCAUCACAUUCUAAGGAACAUAACAUGGGACUAAAAUUCCAUAUGGCUCUAUUUUAUGAAUUAACUUUUAUAACUUUCUCUGCUAUUUGGUAGACUUCUUGAAAUUAGGCUUUCUAAUCAGAUUAGACUAAAUCUUGUAUCAUGCAUCCUUUUGGCUUUAAUUCCAGUGAUAAAAGCAAGUGACAAAGAGUAGAAAAUGAGAAUAAACGACUAGAAAUUAUAUCACAAAGUUUUAAUUCAUAUUUUUAUUCUUAAAAAAGCAAUCAUUCUUCCUACCUUUUUUAAGAACUCAUGGAUUAAUAUGGACAUAGGAAAGCUCUAGGCCAACACAGAUACAUCAAGCACCACACGUCUGCAUUUUGUGUAUGUCUCUAAAGACAGACCUUAUUACAAGUGUCAUGAAUUUCAGUAUACAACAAUCAGAUCACUCUGGCACACUCAUGUAGGUUCUCUUCACUGCUGAAAGGUUACAAAUCGAAAGCUUUUGAGUUUUAUUAUAAUAAUCUCUAUGAUUAUAGUUAUACUAUAUUACAGUGCCCUAUGCCCAUGAGGGAAACCCUGGUGGCGUAGCAGUUAAUUGCUGCGGCUACUAACCAAAGGGUUGGCAGUUCGAACCCGCCAGGCACUCCUUGGAAACUCUAUGGGGGCAGUUCUACUCUGUAUGCCCUAUGAGCAAUGUUCAAUGAGUAUUGAGUUACAGCGCACCAACCGUAAACACAUGAAAGCUCUAUGGAGACAUUGAUUUACAAACUAGAAGACAAUACAGCUUUGUGAAAUUUUUAAACUGUUGAAUAUUUGAAAAUACUCAAGGGCACAUGGUGAUUUUUGACCUUAGUUCAUAAUAGAAAGUAUAUAGUAGCAAGCAUAAAACUCUCACUUUCAUGAAGAAAUAUUUACCAGAGUGCCGUUUAAUUAGGAUACAUAUACGUGCAUAAUUUGUAAAAUGUAAUUUUAUUUGAAUGUCUAUGUUAUUGGUCAUUAAUAUGCAUAAACUUUGCCCUGGAAAGUCUGUUUUCUGAUAUUUGCACUUACAGUCAGUGUAUUCAGAAUUUUGGAAAAUACAGCCUGUCCUUUUAAAGGGAACAAUACAUAUGUAAAUCCUUGCCAUUUCUAACAGCAAACUGAUUUUCUGUUCUCCCUUUUGCACCACUGUUGCUCUUUUUAGAUAAUUUUAAGGUAUUUGUUACUCUGCCUCAUGCUUUUAAUACGUUCUCAGGACCCCAAAAAUUGAAUAAAGAAAUGAUCAAAUGAAUUAAUACGAACAUACUGAGUUAUAUUGGAAAAUGAUUUUGAAGAGGAGCUGGGUAGUCAUUUUAGGAGAAGGAGUCAGAGCCUGAUAAUCCCUGGUGGCAGAGAGUGAGGCCCAGUGACAGCAGAGAGGGAGUGGGUCAGCUUGUUACUGCAGGAGUCAGUUUGCCCUUUUCAGAAGAUCCUGAAUAUUCUGCCUAUUAAGUCAGACUUGCACAGUGGUCACUGCCUUGAAAAGAGAGAAAAUAUUUCUCUCUUGACUACUGCCAACUGAUUUCUGUCACAAGAUAAAUUCUUUUAAAGAGGCAAAAACAGUGGUUGAAAAAUGAGGGACUAUCCAGCACUUUAAAGAAAAAAAAAAAUUCAGUGUGAACCAUUCCUUGAUGUGAUCCAACUUUUUAAAGACGUAAACUUAUUUCAUAGAGGGGCUUUUAAGUUGCCCUGACAGAGGAGGUAUCACCCCAUGUAGGAUGUAAGGAAGAUGGAUGAUGUUAGAAUCAAGAGCAGCCAAGUCAGCACACUAGUGGUGGGUAGAAUUUUUCAGGAUUUCAUAAUCUGUCUUCUACUCCAAUCCCAACUUCAUUCACAUCAUAAGUUGUCAAGUUAGAGAUUUCUGAAGACAGAGACAUGAAACUAAGGCUUAAUUCUACCUCUGGCAGCACAGAAUAAAGCAACUACUAUUUCAGCCAACAUCAAGCACAUAGUAAAGGGUGCAUCCUGCAGGCCAGUUUUUAUAUCUGCACCCAAACUAAAAUAACUCUGGUUGCUCUUUUGUUUUGAUCACUUUAAAAUUUAGUACCAAAACAGUGCCAAAUAAACCAAGAUAGCACAAUAAAGAUCUAGUUUUCAGCCCACAUAGACCAAGUGGUUUAAGUGUGUUUUCCUGAUUUGGUUAUGUUGUGACAAAAGGUAACUUUCCAUAAUUUGGUCUUCAGUGGAACUGUUAGGCCACCAGCUAUAACACUCAUUGCCUAAUAGCUUUAGACUUUGAUAUUGAGUAAGUAUCUCCUAGUUAUCUAAUGCUGCUAUAACAGAAAUACCACACGUGAAUGGCUUUAACAAACAAGUUUAUUUGCUCAUAGUCUAGGAGGGCAGAAGUCCAAAUUCUGGGUGCCAUCUCCAGAAAAAGGCUUUCUCUCUCUGUCGGCUCUGGGGGAAAAUCCUUGUCAUCUGUCUUCCCCUGGUCUAGAAGCUUCUCAGCGCAGGGACCCCAGGUCCAAAGGACACACUCCCCUCCUGGUUCUUAAUUUUUGGUCACAUGAGGAUGCCUCCUCUCUGCUAUAUCUCAAUUAUCUCUGUUAUAUCGCAAAAGAAAUUGACUCAAGGUACAACCUAAUCCUAUAGAUUGCGUCCUGCCUCGUUAACACAACUGCCUCUAAUCCUGCAUCACUAACAUCAUAGAGGUUAGGUUUUACAACACAUAGGAUAAUCGUCAGAUCACAAAAUGGUGGAUAACCACACAAUACUGGGAAUCGUGGACUAGCUGAGUUGAUACACAUUUGGGGGCGGGGGGGACACAAUUCAAUCCAUAACAUUCCACCCUUUGGCCCUGCCAAAAUUCAUGUCCUUGCCACAUGUAAAACUCUUUCAUCCCAUCAUAUCAUCCCAAAAGGCUUGUUAUCAACUCCAUGUCCAAAUUCCAUCCUGGGGCAAAAUUCCCCUUCAUCUGUCAAAUCUAGAAUACAAAUUAUCUGCUUUCAAAGUGCAAUAGUGGAGCAGGCACAAGGUAGUCAUUUCCAUUACAAAUGGGCAAAUCGGAGGGAAAGAAAGGAUAACAGGCAUUAAGCAAGUCAACAAAACACAUUACGUUAGCCAUCAAGGCUUGAAAAUAAUCCCUUAGACCAUUUAGGCAGUUGCCAUGCUCUCCAGACCCUGGAUGUUGGCCACACUCUCUGGAUUCUGGGUGAAGGCCUCUCAACCCUAGGCUUCAGCUCCAUCUACCAGGCCCACUGGAAUGACGACUCUGCUCCCUUGCAUUUGGGUGGCCCCGUUCUCUUAGCCCAUCUGAAUUGUGACCCUACUCCCUCAGCCCUGGCAUGCCCCAUUCUUCUGCCCCUUGGACACAGCAGCCCCACCCCCCUGAGCUUUGGGCAGUGGAUCUGGCCACAUCCUGCUGGCACUAGUGAAAGGCAGCACCACACUCUGGAACCGAGUUGGCGAACAUCUCACUCUUUGAAGCCUAGGAGGCUGUGGCCCCAACCUUUGAAACUGCGGAGGCCAUGGCUCCACUCAUUGAGACCCCAGAGGUCAUGGCACUACCCUUUGAGACUGAGGCAGCUCUGCUUCCUGUGUUCCUUUCCUCUUCAGCAUCUGCUUCCUAGUUGCUUGGCCUCUCACCCCAUCAGGCCUCUUGGGCCAGCCCAGCAUCUGUCCUGCUCGGGUUAGAGUUCCAAAGCUCUUCAACUCUACCAAUAAGUGCCUGGAGGCUCCCCACUCCACCAGUAAACCUCAGUUGGAAGGCACUCAGCCCUUUUGCUCCGUAGGUUGGCAAGACUAACUUCACCCAUAAGCGCCCAGAGAUAUCCCAUUCACCAGCAAGCCUGUGGUUAGAAUUCACAACACAUAAAAUAAUCAUAUUAAAUCACAAAAUGGUGGGCAACCAUACAAUGCUGGGAAUCGAGGCUCAGCCAAAUUGAUACACAUUU